GGCCGGCGAGUACGGGCCCACCCCCCCCAACCCCUACCUGUGGCUCAACGGCCCGGCCGGGGCGCCGCCCGCCUACCUGCCCGGCCCGGGCGCCGGCCCCCUCCUGCCUCCGGCCUACGGCGCCCAGAGGCCGCUGCUGCCCGGCGUGGCCGGGCUGGGCGGCGGGGAGCGGGGCUGGCUGCCUCUGCCCUCGCCGGAGGAGCUGAUGAAGCUGGUACGGCCCCCGUACUCGUACUCGGCGCUCAUCGCCAUGGCCAUCCACGGCGCCCCCGACCGGCGCCUCACGCUCAGCCAGAUCUACCAGUACGUGGCCGACAACUUCCCCUUCUACAACCGCAGCAAGGCUGGCUGGCAGAACUCCAUCCGCCACAACCUCUCGCUCAACGACUGCUUCAAGAAGGUGCCGCGCGAUGAGGACGACCCGGGUGAGCGGCGGGAGGGGCGGGGGCACGCCGCACCCCGACGCCAUUCUAGAACGUUCCGGCUACGCCGCCUGGCCCUGAGGCCAUGGUGGAGACUGGGCCCGGGAGCGG